AAUUAUUUGUAUUAUUUUGUUAUUAAAUAGUCAUUUAGAGUUUUGCAUCAAUCAAGAAAUAUUUAAAUACACGAUGCUUUGUGAGUUUGUAUACAGAAAAGGCACCACAUUAUGGCGAUUUAAUAUAAUAAACACAUGUGGGGGAUGUUGGCUUUGAUAUAGAGGGAGGAUGGAGGGUUAUUUUAGUGCUCCGGCGGAGGAGAAGACGGAAGUGGCGGCGUCUCCUACGUGUUGCGUCACCGGCGCCACCGGUUACAUCGGGUCAUGGUUGGUGAAGCUUCUUCUUGAAAGAGGUUAUAAAGUUCAUGCCACAGUGAGAAAUCCAGAAAAGGCUUUACAUCUAUUACAACUAUGGAAUGGAGGUGACGGACUGAGAUUAUUCAAAGCUGAUUUGCUCGAAGAAGGGAGCUUUGAUGAAGCUGUCAAGGGCUGCAACGGUGUAUUUCAUGUGGCAGCUUCAAUGGAAUUCGAUGCCAAUACAAACGAAAAUAUUGAAUCAUACGUUAGAUCAAACAUUAUUGACCCUGCAAUCAAAGGCACUGAAAACCUCCUCAAAUCUUGCUUGAAAUCCAAGACAGUGAAAAGGGUUGUUUUCACAUCCUCCAUAAGUACUAUCACUGCCAAAGACAGCAAUGGAAAUUGGAGAUCUGUUGUGGAUGAAUCUUGCCAGACCACAAUUGAUCAUGUCUUGAAUGCAAAAGCAAGUGGAUGGGUUUAUGUGCUCUCCAAGCUUUUGACUGAAGAAGCAGCAUUCAAGUUUGCAAACGAGAAUGCUAUUGACCUUGUUUCAGUGAUAACCACGACUGUAGCCGGUCCUUUCCUCACAACCACCAUUCCCUCAAGCAUUCAAGUGCUCUUGUCACCAAUCACAGGUGAUCCCAAGUACUUGUCAAUAGUGUCUGCUGUAAACGCAAGAAUGGGGUCGAUAGCUUUAGUCCACAUUGAAGAUAUAUGCAGUGCCCACAUUUUUCUAAUGGAGCAUGACAAAGCAGAAGGUAAAUACAUAUGCUGUGCCUGCAGCUCUCCCAUGUAUGAACUGAUUAAUCACCUUGCUCAAGAGAAUCCGAGCUUAGAUAUUCAGAGGUUGGAGGCUGGGGAAAAAAGUACAAAACUUCCAGAGAUUUCUUCCAGGAAGUUAAAAGAUUUAGGCUUCACUUACAAGAAUGGAAUAGAAGAUAUAAUUCAUCAAACAAUCACCACAUGUGUAGAUUAUGGGUUUCUGAAGAUCUAGAGGCAUAUGUUUUGUUCCUACUUUCCUAGCAUCCUAGUAAUCAAAGUUCAUAGCAUUUAUUAAUGAAAGUGACAAUGCAGACCUAGUUUACUGAAACAUGACCGUGUCAUGCGGCAUUAAACAGAUCGAACGGCGUCUAUUGCGGCACCAAACUUGCCCUGUAUUCUUAUACCAGAUUUAGUCUAACUUAUUGUCAAAA